GUAAGAUCCGAGCGUUUUGAUUGGUUUAUACUUGAUAUUCUAAUCGGUUUUACUGUCAUCUAGUUUUGCAAAAUAGAACCUUAAAAUCUAGACAGUAAAACAAAAUGUGUGUGUUAAGUACUGCUCCUGUUAAUUUACAAAGGAAUAUGAAAGUUCAAUGAAUUGAAAAAUACGAUAAUGAAAUUUAAUUUGAAACAUAUGUGAACGGGGAAUAUGGGUUGAGUCAUGAAUCGCACAAGACGUGAAUUGAACAUUUCUAAGAUUAUAUUAUAUUUGCAACGUGUAAUAAAUUCUCACUAAAUGAAAGUUACAUAAUGCGGCCAACGAUAACAUGUUUUACAUAGUAAAUAAUUUAUUUGAUCCGAAUGAUUUGGAGAGGAUGAUAUAGAAGAGAAGUAAACAUGAUUGGCUGUUCUAAAUUGUAGUUCUGUGUAAAUAAACUAUUCUACAAAAUAUUAAAAUGAGUAAUGUUACUUCGCAAGAUGUUUCAUUAAGAUCAUUAUUAGCUUUAAACAAUAAUGAUUUUAAAGAAUUUGUUUGUGGCUGGGGGGCUGCUGUUAUUAAUGUAUCCAUUACCUUUCCUAUUAAUAAAAUUAUAUUUAGACAGAUUUUGGAAGACGUACCAGCCAAUACUGCUUUCAAACAAUUAUCCAAAGAAGGCAUACGAUUGUUGUACCGUGGAAUUUUACCACCUCUUUGCCAAAAAACUUUAUCUCUUAGUGUAAUGUUCAGUAUGUAUGAAGGAUGUAAAGAACGUCUGUACAUGUUAACAAGCAAUGAUGUAUUAAUUAGAAUAUUAGCAGCCCACUUUGCUGGAACUGCUGAAGCUAUACUUAUGCCACUCGAAAGAGUACAAACACUGCUACAAGAUUGGCGGUACCAUGAUAAAUUUAAGAAUACUUCUCAUGCAUUUAAAUAUUUAUUGAAAAAUUAUGGUAUAUCGGAAUGCUAUCGUGGUUUAGUUCCAAUUAUAUAUAGGAAUACUUGUUCUAAUCUUACGUUCUUUAUUUUAAGAGAACAAUCAAAACGAUUAAUGGGUGACCAGGAAUCGUUGGUAACAAGUUUCAUUAAUGGUGCUUUAAUUGGUGGCUUCACAAGUACCGUAUUUUAUCCAAUGAAUGUAAUAAAAAUACAUAUGCAAUCAAAAAUAGGUGGUAACUUUGAGAAGUUUAUGACUGUUACACAUGAAAUAUAUAUAGCGAGAAAUAGAAGUAUAAUGUCAUUUUAUAAAGGUGUGCAUUUGAAUUGUAUAAGAUCAUUUAUUAGCUGGGGAGUGAUAAAUGCAUCUUAUGAUUUCUUUAAACAAAUCAUGUUUUAAUAAUAAUUCGAAUUAGGAACGAAUAUUUAUAUUUAUUUAAAAAAAUUUAUCUCUAAUGAAGCCAGUCAUAGUUUAAUUAUUAAUGCCAAUAAUCGCACAUUACUUCUACAACAGUUCAAUAGGAUUGCACAGAUGCAAAGAAAAUCCUAUAAGAAAUCUUGUAUAAACAUAUAGUAGUUCUAUGGUUAUAUUCUUACAAUUAUUGUAAAAAUGUUAUAAAAUAUUAUUUUUUUUUAAUAUAAACGAAUAAAUGUAAAUUAUGGUAAAUAAAAUUGAUAAUAAUUGUUCUAAAUGUUAAAGAAAAUAAUAUAAA